AUUUAUUUGUCUUUGUACAGUCUUGAUGUGCACUUCACUUUAAUACAGUCAUAACAACAAUGUAUAUACAUAUUAAUAUAUCAAAUUGUAACGCCCUAUGAACUAAAUAAUUGCUUUACUUGUACUACAAUCAUGCAAUAACAUAUUGAAGUUUAAAAUAGUAAAGUAAAACUAUUAAAAAUGGAAAAAACGGAAAAAGUAGAACUGGGAAUUCAAGGCGACACGACCGAAGUUUUGCCGUUAAAAUCGGAAACCAAUAUUGCGGUCCAAAACAUGAGCCUUAUUGAAAAAAUAAGGUAUGUGAAGUCGAAUAUUACCGUUGAGCCGGUGUUAGCUUUAUUCGUGAUGCCCAGUGUGCUAGCAAUGUUGGCCACACAGAAUUUGAAUUUGGAUAAGGCUUGCCGAGUGAAUUUGGGAUUUAGUGAUGGCGUAUGCGAACAUUUGAGGCUGAGGAAGCGUGCAAACCAUAGUUUUGAAGAGGACGAAGUGCAGAAAUUGAUCGCUUCUGUACAGGCAUGGAAAGGCGCGAUUCAAACCAUAAUACCAACUAUAUUAAUGCUGUUUAUAGGCGCAUGGAGUGACAAAACGGGGAAACGAAAAAUUUGUAUGCUAAUGCCAAUCUUUGGGGAAUUCAUGACGUGUCUAUUGAAUAUGGUGAACACGUAUUUUUUCUAUCAGAUCCCUGUAGAAUUGACGGUGGUUAUGGAAGUGAUAUUUCCAGCGUUGACGGGUGGAUGGUACACUAUGAUUCUAGGCGCAUUCAGUUAUCUAGCUGAUGUGACCUCGAGAGAAACAAGGACCUUUCGUAUUGGUAUUCUAAACUUGUGCAUGACUGUAGGAUUUCCUGUUGGUAUGGGCUUGAGUGGGGUACUCUUGAAACGCUUCGGAUUUUAUGGCGUGUUUACCAUAUCUGCCACAUUGCAGUUUUUAAAUUUUUGUUACGUUAUGUUUGCUAUAAAAGAUCACACUUGGCUGGAAAAUAAAGAAAAGGUGAAACGAAAAGGAUGUACAGGUUUUCUGCUAGAUUUUUUUGAUGUAAAUAGCUUAAAAGAAACAUUGGAAAUAGCUUUCAAGAAAGACACAAAUAAUAGAAGAACAAGAAUAUGCCUUAUUUUGACUGUCGUUUGUUUGACAUUUGGCCCGAUGUGGGGUGAGCUCGGUGUUACAUAUAUAUUCUCGCGGUAUCGUUUCAAUUGGGACGAGGUAAAGUACAGCAUAUUUUCCACCUACAGUCUCAUCACACAUGCCAUUGGUACAUUAUUCGCCAUAAGUGUGUUCAGCAAGAAGUUGAAAGCAGACGACGCUGUACUGGGUAUGAUAUCUUCAACGAGCAAGAUCUGUGGCGCCUCCGUAAUGGCUUUCGCCAGAAACGACUAUGAAGCGUAUCUAUCACCACUGGUGGAAAUACUGAAUGGAACAUCAACCAUCGCUUUAAGAUCAAUAGCUUCGAAACUGGUGUCGUAUCAAGAACUCGGUAAAGUGUUUUCUCUAUUCGGCGUGGCAGAAACAAUGAUGCCACUUGUAUUUUCGCCGUUGUAUUCCCGCGUGUACAUCGCUACACUCCACAUCAUGCCCGGAGCCAUAUUUCUGCUGAGUGUCUUGUUCACUAUACCGGCGUUGGGUAUAUUUGGAUGGUUCUACCGGCUCCACAAGGAAGAUGAUAAAGAGAAACGGCGGAAUGCACCCAACAACUGCCCAGUCGCAGAUGGUAUUUCGGCCGUUACUACGUGAACUAUAUUAUAUAUUAUAUUUAUUUGUGAUAUAAAACAAUUAAGCAGUUUUAUUGCCAAAACGAAUCAUUACUUAAUGUAUUUCUAUUAUUUUUUUUAACUGCAUUUACAUAUAUGCCAUUAUUACAAAUAUUCAGUGUGGACACCUGACCACCGUCAUUCGAAGCGCUAUGACCUUUCCCCCUUUGUGAUCAAACUCCGGCCGUUAUAAUCUAUAUAUUUAUUAAAACUACUA